AUGAGCGAUCACAACAAGCCUUCUUCAUCUUCGAGUGGGAAAGAUCGUUCGGAUCAAUUGUUAGCCAUGUCAUAUGAUGAGUUUGAUAGCAUGCUCAAGGACAUAGAUGAAGAAGAGUUGGAGAUUAUUGGCCGAGCAGAAGAAAUCGAGCAUUUGAGUGCCGGAACAUUCACUACUCCCGCGAAAUGUGGCAGAGUGUGCUUACUACCCGAUGGUAAUCCAGGACCAAAGCAGCCGCAU